AAAGAAUAGAGAGGAAAACAAAAGAUGGAGAUCGCAAACACGAAAUGGGUGGCGGCAGCGGCGAGCAUAUGGAUACAGAGCUUCAGCGGAGCAAGCUACACCUUUGGAAUCUAUUCUUCUCUUCUCAAAUCAUCUCAAGGUUAUGACCAAUCUACCCUUGACACCGUCUCCGUCUACAAAGACAUCGGAGCAAACGUAGGCAUCCUCUCCGGCCUCUUUUACACCGCGGUUGCAAGCGGCAGAAGCGGUAACGGUCGCUUCUUUAGUGGGCCAUGGCUGGUUAUAUUCGUUGGGCUGCUCCAAUGGUUUGUGGGUUAUGGUUUCAUCUGGAUGGCUGCGUCCGGCGUGAUCCAACGGCCUCCGGUGGCUCUGAUGUCUUUGUUCAUGUUCUUCGCCGGUCAUUCUCAAACGUUCUUUAAUACGGGGAUUGUGGUCACCGCCGUCCGUAAUUUCUCCGACUAUGGUGGGACCGCCGUUGGCAUUAUGAAGGGUUAUCUUGGGCUUAGUGGAGCCAUUCUUGUUCAAAUGUACCACAUUUUCUGUGAAGGCGACCCAACGAACUACAUUCUUCUCUUGACCGUAGUACCAUCACUCCUUAUCUUGACGACGAUGCCCUUCGUUAGAACGUACGACACAGUCAUCGCUGGCGACAAGAAACAUUUAAAUGGCCUCUCCGCCAUUUCCUUGACCAUCGUCCUCUAUCUUAUGGUCGCCAUUUUGGGCGAAAAUAUUUUCGGAAUGUCAAAGCCUAUGCAGAUAUGCUCAUUUACCAUUCUACUUUUCUUGCUCGCCUCUCCUCUCUUGGUCGCAGUUAGAGCACGACGUCAAGAAAAAGAGAGAUUCUUGUCUUUGGAUUAUCCGGUUAACGAGAGAACUACAUUGCUUGACUCUCCCAAGCUCAACACUUCUCCCGAUUUUAAUGUUGUCAUGACCAAUGACAUGAAUGUCAUCGAAGCAAUGUGCACAACCAACUUCUGGCUUCUAUUCUUGGCGAUGAUAUGUGGAAUGGGUUCAGGACUCGCAACAAUAAACAACAUCAGACAGAUGGGUGAGUCGCUUAGCUACUCUACGGUUCAACUCAAUGCUCUGGUGUCUCUCUGGAGCAUAUGGAACUUUCUAGGCCGGUUUGGGUCGGGUUACAUCUCGGACGCCUAUUUACACAGCCAUGGCUGGCCAAGACCAGUUUUCAUGGCCAUAACUCUAGGCCUCAUGGCUAUAGGUCACAUUGUCAUGGCCUCCGGUUUUCUAGGAAGCCUAUAUAUCGGAUCAUUGCUGGUCGGUUUGGCCUACGGCUCACAAUGGUCACUCAUGCCGACAAUAACCUCUGAAAUAUUUGGGAUUCUUCACAUGGGAACUAUAUUCUAUACAAUCUCGAUAGCUAGUCCGAUUGGUUCAUACAUUUUCUCAGUGAAGGUGAUAGGCUACUUCUACGACAAGGUAGAUUCUGAGGAUGAUCAUUCUUGCUAUGGGAACCAUUGUUUUAGGACUUCGUUUAUGAUAAUGGCGGUCAUGGCUCUGCUUGGAUCUCUUGUUGCUCUUGUGUUGUUCCUCCGCACAAGGAAGUUUUAUGCAGCGCUUGUGGCCAGGAGGAUGAAGUAGUAAUGUCUGACGACAAGGGUCUGAAAUUGUGUGGCUCUCUAUAUUUUAUAUUUGAUAUUUUUUUGGCAUUUUUUUCUUCACAUUUCAAAGAUAAUAACUAUUGUUUGUAGAAUGUAGACAGCUUGCGUUGUGUGAAUUAUUCGAAAGGAAAUUGGGUCAUAUAAUAGUUACAUAAAUAGCAAUUUGCUAAAGAGUGAGAUACAUUUUAUCGUUUUAAAAAA